UACCUUUUCACACGAACUCAAUGCGGCUCCAUCAUCGAUAUACAGUUUUGCGGACCUAGGUUGCGUGGCAAACUUGACGGCGGGCCGCGGCACCGGCAGGCCGUAUACUUCCACCACGUAGGCCGUAGCUAUGUAGUAGCCCAGCUAUGCCUAAGUUUGAGUGUGCGGACUACGUACCGCAGAUUUCCAAGGGCGUAAUAUAACCAUUCUUUUCAGUUCGCCUAUGAACCCCGAGCAUGUGUAGUCCUACGUGUACGUUGCUGUUCUUUUAACAGAAAGAAGUGCGUGCCUGAGUCAGUGAGGCGGUUUGUCGGGAACGUGCAUGGCUUGCCUGAGCAGCCACGCGCCCACGCCCGCCGUCCUUGCUGGCCUCUGAACCUCUUCACUUCACUUCAUAGAGCGCAUAAAUAAACCGCCGCCGGCGCAGCUCGUUCCCUCGCCAUUGAUGAUAGACCGCUCGCCGCCGAGCUCGGAAACAAAACAGACUUGUUACCUGUGCAGUCCGUUUCCCAUGGAGCACGUGGGCGUGCAUGGCGGUGGCGACGCCGCGUUCCUUCGCGGCCUCGAGGCGCUGGAGGUGGACGUGGAGCAGCAAGAGGAGAUAAUCGACUUCGAGGCAGAGCCGCCGGGCUCUUCUGAAUCGGUCGAGAUCUCCGACCUCAGGAAGCGCAUGUGGAAGGACCAGAUGCGCCUCAUGAAGCUCGAGGGCCGCGCCGGGGCCAGGAGCGGUGCGCCGGCCGGGCGGCAGGAGGACCGGGAGGAGGACGGUCCCGAGGCGCGGUGCCGGCGGAAGGCGAUGCUCCGCGCGCAGGACGGCGUGCUCCGGUACAUGAUGAAGAUGAUGCAGGCCUGCAACGCGCGCGGGUUCGUGUACGGCGUGAUCGACGAGGCCGGCGAACCCACGUCCGGCUCCUCCGACAGCCUCCGCGGCUGGUGGAAGGACAAGGUCGUCUUCGACCGCACGGGCCCGAAGGCGCUGAUCACCGGCAGCUCCGCCGCCGACGGUAGCAGCAGCCCGCUAGGCCUGGCCUCCUACCUCCACCGCCUCCAGGGCAUCCAGGACAACACGCUGGGCUCCGUGCUCUCGGCGCUCCUCCAGCACUGCGAGCCGCCGCAGCGCAACUUCCCCCUUGAGCGCGGCCUGGCGCCGCCGUGGUGGCCGACGGGGAAGGAGCCGUGGUGGGGCACGCAGGGCGAGACGCAGGCCCACCAGGGCGCGCCGCCGUACCGGAAGCCGCACGACCUGAAGAAGGCGUGGAAGGUGUCCCUGCUGAGCGCGGUGAUCAAGCACAUGAGCCCGCGCUUCGACCAGAUGCGCAGGCUCGUGUGGCAGUCCAAGCGGCUGCAGCACAGGAUGAGCGCCAAGGAGUCCGACACCUGGUCCAAGGUGCUCCGGCAGGAGGAGGCGCUCAGCGACCGGCUCAAGAGCUCGCUUCGGAUCACGCCCCUCGACGACGACUACGACGGCGAGGGACUGGAGGACGGUCCGGAAGAUGUGGCGCGUGGCCCGCAUGACAAGCGCAAGUGCGAGGACGCCCUGAGCGGCAGCUCAGGUGGGAAGUGGCCCAGACCACGAGGCGGGAGCCGGGACCUGGCGGCGAUGGUACCCGGGCUCGUCGAGGAGAGCCAGAGCCCGAUCAAUGAGCUCAUGGAGCUGUACUACAGCUGCCUGCAGGGACGCGACGGGGAGGAGAAACACGAUGUGGCGGUGGUACCUCCAGGAGUGCCGGGAGGAGCCAAUGAUGUUGCACAGCAAUUCCUGCUCGAUGUCAUCGGGAGCUGCCCGGAAGUAGAUCAUGUGUUGCGUUUGAUGGAGGAGUGACUGUCUUAGUUGGACUAGAUUAAUGAUUAUUACUUAA